UCCGAAUGGAACAGGUGCCCGUCACUUCCUGCAUCCUGAUAGUUGUUGUUGACAAUUAUGACGCUUUUCAUAUCAGCCUGAAUUAAAUUUAGACCCAAGACCUGCAAAAUUAUGGGAACAGCCUCCAGUGUGCAGCCAAAGCAAGGUGCUCUUGCAAAUCCACGAGUUGUGUAUACAAACAGCCUUGGGAAGAAAAAGAAAAAGCAACUCCAAAUAGACACACCUGUGUUGAUCGAUCUGAAUCACGGGUCCAUCCGAUAUCGCUAUGAAAAUGAGACUGGGAAGACUCCAUCAAUGAUGACAGAGAGACCAUUCGAAGGAAAUCAGAAACAGAACAAGGGACAUUACUUUUACCACCCAAGAUUGAAUGACUUCAGUGAAAAAGCAUCUGCGGACAAAGAGGAGCCACAAAAAUUCCUUUAUGUUGUGAAAGGCCCCAACAUUGCACAGCAAAAAAAGGUCUUCUAUGUGUAUGGGCGCAGUCUUAAUGCUGAAGAUGGGAAACUUACAAAACCAACCCGGAACCUUGCGUCAGAGGCCGAUCCCACUUGGCCCCAGCGACGAAACCCAAAUGAUGUCUACUAUAACUUGACUUUUGUACCUCAUGUCCCAACAGACGAGCCUAUUCCCGGCAUCCCAAACAGACAUCAGAUAGAGUAUGCAUUGAGUUCGGAGGACACAGUAAAUGACCUGCAGAUGAAGAUUGCGCACACGAUCAUCAAGUCAGCAUCCAAUGUCCAUGUUUGCUUCCAGUAUAACCUUCUCAGGGGCAAUCAAGUGAUUGGGGCUCUGUACAGUGGAAGUAGGGAAGCCGAGGAACCCACCCUGGACACACAGAUGGGGGUAGGGGAGAACCUGUCCAAACAGACAGGGGCAGGGGAGAACCUGCCCCAACAGACAGGCGGAGGGGAGAACCUGUCCCAACACAAGUUUGGUGUACAUCUUGUUCUUAUGGAGCGAUAAACAGGAAAAUAAAUCAGUGGACAAAACUUGUCUGCGAUAGUUGCUUUAAUGCAUUUAUUCUGUGAUAAAACAGCAUUUUAAAUUAUUCUACACAAUUAUUGAUUAUCAUUAUAAUUGGAUCAUCAAAUCAUAAAAAAAUGACUAUUGAAAAUAUUUUAUAAUGUAGUUUACAAUUUUAUCUGUAUUUUGGUACAAUGCUUUUGGUAUUAUGAUCAAUAAUAUUCCUAAUGAUGUAACAAGAUUUGCAGCAAUUCAUUUAGUUGCUAUGCGUGUUUGUUCAUUAACAACAGUCUAUAAUGAUUCAUUGCAAAUAUCUUUUUGCUCUUAAGAGGCAUUUGCAUUUGAAUUAUUAAUAUGUGAUGUGAAAUUAAGGGAUAUUAAACAUAACUUUUUAAAAAAAACAUGUCUCUUUUGUCUAAAUGUAUAACCCUUAUUUGUUGAAAAUAUUGAUCAUUUGUUUCACCCCAUAGAGGGGCUUACAGAAAACUUCUGGGGAGGGGGGCAGAUUUUAAGUACUGACAAUAUUUAUAUGAAUUAUAUGCAUUGUUUAAGAAAGAUGAUAUAAUAACCCUUGAAAUUGAAAAUGAAAGCUGAUCACUGUACUCUAUGUAGAUGUAAUUAUAAAUGCAUUUUGUUGCUAUAGAGUUGUCAUUUAAGACAUUAUAAGCAUACCAUAUUGUUGCAUGAAAUGAUCCUGUGUUUUGUAUUUUGAAUCUUGAGUAUUAUACAAAUGUAGUUUAGCAAACUAAUACACUGUCGAUUUACUCUAUUUAAGCAUUGAAUUCGUUUGAAGUGAUCAAUCAAAUUAUGAUCAAUUGAGAAAUUUUCAGGAUAUAGUAUUUAAAAAAACAAAACCUUAUUACUUGUCAAUACUUGUUUACUGGAAAAACACCUUCAUGCAAAUAUACAGAGCUGGACUCUGGUGUUUUAUUUUUUUUAUCUUAUUAAUAAAACUUGACAUGAAAUAG